AUGGCAGCUACUCUUCGAUAUUUGGAAUCGGGGGAUCGCUUUGACUCAAUAAUACCAAGUGACUUGUCCACUCAGCGAAGUAUUGGAGCACGUGGGAACCAGCUAAGUAGAACGUUAAUCUCUCAACCUACCCUUGAGUUGCAAUUCGUUUUGAGCUUGUUAAACUAUUUUGAGGGAUGCAUGAUGAGGUCAGAUAGUACUGAAUACCGCGAAUAA